AUGGUUUGCUAUCACUUGGACUUGGGUCGCUCGAGAUUCAUUCAUGCAGCAAUCUAUGUAGGUCGCGGAGAUUCGCCACUGCUAAAAGAGCUCGGUUUUAAGGAUUUGAACCAUCUCAAACACUAUGUGGUUGAAUACGGCAGCCUCAAUCAGACCUCCUUCAGAGAAAAGAAAAAGCAGAUUAUCAUGAAUGUGAUGAACUCUUCUGUUGAAUGGCAGAGGUGUGGGUUGGAUUACCUUGAGCCAUUACCUGCGCGCAUAAUCGUAGCUCGGGCUGUCGGCAGCAUCAAUGCCACGAUUGAUGGCCGUGGCUACAACCUGUUUUCGAACAACUGUCAGCACUUUGCUACGUGGGCUAGGUACGACAAGAAGGAGUGGCUUCGAGGUGCACGAGAAGAAAAAAUGCUAGUCAUACCGUCCAGGAGUGCUCUGAGUGUUGCUCUGGUAGUUGCUGGAUGGACUCGCAAAGUCCUAUUUGUAGUGAGUGUGGCUGCUUUUCUUUUGGUGAGGCACUUGAGUGCAGAGAACCACAAGAUGACACAGACGCCAAUCACUUUUGAGCAGGUCCAUCCUCCUCCUUAUCCUCCUGAAGAUUUUCCUUCUCCGGAUCCUCCUUCUCCCAACCCUCCUUCUCCUAAGUCUCCUCGUCCUCCUGGUCCUAAGUCUCUUCUCCGGAACCACUAUCAUUCCAAUCAGUAUAAUACUGCGAAGGAGGGGCAGGUGAUGUUUGAGUGGACGAUGAGUGAGGAUGAGAUGUUGAAGAUUGAGGAACGGAUUCUAGACAGGCGAUCUAGGGAGCUGGAGAAGGAGAUAAUGCAAUCAAUGCAAUCUAAGCAUCUGAUGGAGCUGGAGAAGGCUAAGUAUCUGAUGGAGCUGGAGAAGGACCGGAAACAGGAGAAGGAGCAGAUAAUGCACCUCGGGCGCUUCAGCUCCGGCUUCAGCAUGCUCUCUACAAUCAUUGGCGCUUCGGCUGGGAUCAUUCGAGCCUCCAGUUUCCUGUUCCUGGGCGGCCGUGCCGCAAUGUUUCCGAUCCUGGGGCGAGCUGUGCGAAAUGGUUGGGAGACCUGGAAGAGAGAUGGGGUUUGGAAAGUUGUGGCCUGCGGGGAGGCCUUGGAGCCUCCACUGCCCUCGGUGGAGGGCCGCCACAGGGCCGCGUGGGGUGUUUCGGUGCGAGCCCUGGAACCCUGGGUGGAUGGGAAGUGGCGAAGUGGCGGUGGUCCAUGUAGCCGCAAUGGCGUGGCCCGCAGUCACUCCGGAUCAGACAUCGUGGACGGCUACGUGGGAAGCCUUAAGGGGCAGAUGCCGGGGCCGUGGAUUGUGGGAGGACACAAUCCAGGGUACCUGGCUGACCAGCCUUACCAGGCUGGGAGCGCGAUCGAGUUCAUCGCGUAUGAUGACAAGCCAGCUGCCCAAGGGCGUGUGUUGGCCACGGUGGAGGACACCAUCGGACUCUUUGAGGGAGACUUCGAGUCUUUCAGGGCCUCCUGUCUGAAGGGGGCGGCUCAGAAGGCUAAGGCCACGCCUGCCCGAGACCUCUUGGACUUUGAGCCAAGUGACGAGGGUCCCGAGGAUGAUCCUGGGCAUCCUGGCCUGGCUGGGGUGGAUGCUCCGCGUUCCUUGGCGGAAAAGUUGGAGGCCCUUAAGAGGGAGACAGCUCCGGCUGGGCAAGCCAGGAAGGGCACCAAGAAGCGGAAAAAGGAGACGGAGGCCAAGCAACAUGGCCGAAGAAGCGCCCUCCGAAGCCAGUCGGUGAGCAAAUCAAAACAGGAGAAGGCAAAGCGCCCAAGGGUGACCUUUGCCGAGGAGCCUUUAUGGUUUGGGCGCAACGAAGCCGACGAUUCAGAAGAAAAUGAGGAGACAGAUGAAUCUGAAGAAGAAGAACAAGAAAAGAAAAAGAAGGAUAAAAAGGAGAAGAAGGCCAAAUCUUCCUCGAGGAGAUCCAAAAAGAAAGCUGAUAGAGGCCCUUUUGGAGCAGGAAGAAAGGUCUCCUACGGGAGUGACAGUGGCCGGAAGGACGACAGCGAGAGCUCUGAGGAUUCUGAGGAGUCGUCUUUUCAGGCGGGGGUCCCCGAGAAGAAGUCCCAGCAACUGGUGCUCAUGGAGUACGCGGACCACAAGCCAGGCCGGCUGGCAGCCCGUCUUCUUCAGAAGAUGGCGCAAGUUGCCAGUCGGACGGGGGCCCCCAUGAACAGCGUCCUGGCCGCCAACGUGACGAGGACUCCUCAAGCCGCUGUCCAAUACUACCUCACGGUGCUGUAUCCGCAGCACAAAGAGUUCCAAAAAUUGUGCGCGGGACCAUCGCUGGUCGUGAAUGGUCAGUUCCAGCGCCUUCAAUCUUUGCGCCACCAGGCGCAGCGGCAUCUUUUCCCCCUGGAGACAGCAGGCCUGGCGGACGCCGAGGAGCAGAGGAUGGCUUCGAAGGAGCAGCUGAUGGAAGCAAAAAUGAGAAAGUGGCUCAUGGGCCAGAGAGGAGGUCCAAAAGGAGAGACCCAGUCGACCGAAGACGUAAAAGCCCAGCCAGGGAAAGGCAAAUGGAAGGGGGGCAAGAAGGGAGACAGAGGCAAAGGCCCCAUCAAAAGACAAGCCUCCCGUGGCGUGACCCUCACUGAAGGGGAGGACUGGGCCGAGGAAGAGCUGAAUGGCAUUGGAAACUCUGAUGAGGAAGGAAGGCCCAAUUUGAGGCCGAAAUUGGAGGAGGGUAAGAUCCAGCCUUACAGCAUAGAAAGGUGGCAGAGCCAAGUCCGAGGACUGCUCACCAAACAGGUCUCCUACGGGAGUGUUGGCCGCCACCUCUUGGACCUCAUCCUAACGAUGGACGGGCCGAUGGGGGACUUUUCACGCCGGUAUGCGUCGACGCAGCCGCCUCCGGCCUCGAGGCCAACCCGACAAAGGCGUGGUGAUGUGUUACCCAUCCACCCAUCGGCAGUGAAAACAGGGCUGAGAGGUGUCAAUGCGGAAAACCUCCACUGGGUCCAGGCGACGGUGAUGAUGCUGGACUACUUCUACUGUUGUGGAUGGACAAAGCCUAUCUGCGUCCCCAUGGACCCAGGACUAUCGCCGAACCAGGAGGAGGCCAUUGAGAUCCUGGCCCAGACCAUAGAUAGGAACAUCAUGGUGGCUGAUCAGCUUCCGCCGACGCCAAAAGUGAAGGAGCUUCUCAGCAGCAAGAAGUUUGACUACAUGGGGAGCCCCAUUGAGCACAUGCAGGACCUAGAUGCGGAGAAGGUUAUAGCAGCUUGGCCAGCGGAAGGAUCGGCGGGAGUGAAGCUCAUCACAGAGUUCCUGGAAGGUGAAGUGCUAACAACGGUGAGCGACCCUACGGGGUGGUGGCUCCAGGAUGACAGGAUGCCCCUCAAGAGGACGAGGUCUCGCGUCCGCGCCACGGAUGAGGUAUGGUACAAGAUCUGCAAGGCAGCACAUGCAAGAAACAUGAUGAGACCCAUGGCCGACAGUGAGCUUCACAAAGACCGCAAUGGUCACUACAUCACGAACGGAGCUGGUGCAGUUGCUAAAAGGAAGGAAGUGGGGGGCCAGGUCGUUGAAGUCCAACGGUUCAUUUCGGUGCUCAUCCCAACCAAUGAGCACUCGGUGCAACUUACUGGUGAGCAGGACUCAUUGCCCUACGUGGGCCAACUCACAGGUGUCGUCCUGGAGGAGGAAACCGAUCUCUAUAUGGAGUCAGAAGAUUUUACAUCGGCUUUCAACUUGUUUGCGGUGCCGGAGUCCUGGCUCCCACACUUUGCCUUCUCGAAGAAAGUCUGCGCCAGUGCCUUUGGAGGAACGAAGGGCCACGAAGUGCGACCAGCCCUGGCUGUAGUACCAAUGGGUUGGCACUCUGCGGUGGCCCUUAUUCAAGCAGCGGUCAGGAACAUUGUGUUCACACGCUGUGGAGUCCCGAGGACAACUUCUGUCGAAAAGGGGCUCCCGCUUCCGGAUACGAAUGAGAUGACCGUGGUGUACUUGGACAACUUUGAUGAACUGAGGAAGGUUCGAAAAUUUGGCAGUGAGCUGGAGCUGGGACGUGCCUCGCCAGCCCACCAGCGAUUCAAUGAGGUGUGCGAUGAACUGGGCCUGUCGAGGAACCGGGCGAAGCAGCUGAUCAUGUCCCUUACGGGGGGUAUCCAGGGGGGGGAGCUGGAUGGAAGAACAGGUGUCCUGAAAGUAGCAAAGGACAAGCUCCUGAGCUUUGUGGCCAUCUCCCUAGGUAUGCUGCAAUCGGAAAACUGGAAGGAGUUCCACAUCAGGCAUUGGACUGGGAAGGCGGCGUUUGUUGCUGCCUUCAGGAGGUGCCAGGUGUCAGGGACAAUUUCCUGCACUGAUGCGUCGCCUACGGGCGGGGGAUGCGCCACGGCGUCCGCCUUCAAGGACAGAGGGCUGGAGGUACCGCCGGCGAUGGAGGAAAAGGGCACCUGUGCCAUGUGUUCCCAGGAGCUGGAGUCAGAGCCUGGUCGGGUCAAGUACCCCUGCCCAAGGGAUUGUGGGGCCUUUGGAUGCUCUGUGAGAUGUGCACAGUCUCACUUCGAGUUUGGGCCCUGCGUACGGAUGGGUGUUUCUGUCCCUCGUUUUGGGGAAAGGUUUUGCGGCCCGAACUAUCCGCUGACAAAGGCGGUAGCACUCCAAGGAGGUGCAGUGCAGCGCCCACUUGACAUUUUGGUGUCAGACAACUCCUGGGAUUUCUUUUCGGAGCCCGGCCGGAAGGCCUUAGAGCACUUGGAGGAGGAUCCAGCACUGAGAUGGCGACACUGGGGGCCCAAUUGCCGGACGUUUUCAAGAGCUCGCGGCAGGCCGAUCAACCUCAAAGGGAAAGGCAAGAUCAAAGGACCAGCCCGGGUCAGAUCCGAGGCACAACCCUGGGGGCUGGACCGGGUUGGAAAGAACGAUCAGGUGAAAGUGAGGCAGGAUAACAAGAUGGCAAAAAGGAGCCUGAGAGGAGGCAGAGAGGAUCCGGUCACGACCGGGGUUCCACACGACGGUGUGGUCACAAUGCUGCUUUGGGGGCCGCCGCACCAAGUGGACAUCCCUUUUGAACAACUCAAGGUCCGUGAGACGCCCCAAGGGCUGGAGUUCGACACCGCCCAGGAAUCGGAGUAUCCCUGGAGGAUGUGCCUGGCAUACGCAGAGGCAAUUGUCGCGGACUUGAAGGAUCUGGUGGUCCCGCCGAUUGGAACAGCGAAGCUGGACAUGGGCCACAUGCUGUACAAUCAGAUCAUGGGAUCCACUCGUGGGCUCCAAAGUGAAGACCUGGUAUACAAGCUGGUGGUGGAUGUGGAGAAAAUGCUAAGGCAGAUGGAGCCAGGGUUCGAGAAACAACACCUGGCCGGCUUGGCCAGGAGUGUCGGCCUGCGAGGAACUGACGUCAGACUGGUGGCAACGAAAGAAGAAGGCAGUGGCCGUGAGGUUCUUACGCCGUACCCCGCGUUCAAGUGGUUUUGGAGGAAUGUGUUAGCAUAUCGCUGGGGGACGCCUCAGCAUAUCAAUGUGCUGGAGAUGACUGCGAUCCUGACAGAGCUGAGGAGACGAUCUCGGGACAGCGGCCAAUUCAGAAAGAGGUACAUCAAUGUCAUUGACAGCAUGGUGUGUUACUAUGCCAUGAGCAAAGGCCAAGACACCGCCGUGAUGCCUCCAAAAUUGCAUCUUCGUUUCAAGGGAAUCACACCAAAGACAGUAGCACUCUAUAGACGUGAAGUCCAACGCUUCCUGGACUAUGCCACGGCAGAAUUGGGCCGGCUGCCCAUCAAUGUGGUUGAGCUCGACGAAUGCAUGGGAGAAUUCAUCAAUGAGCUUUACCAGGUUCGUGACCACGUGCCCUUUCGGGCCGUUCCAAUGCCUUGGGGGGUAGCCAAGACCCUGGCAGCAGCUGCCUAUGAGGGGGGCCAUCACGACCUUUCGUUGCUCCUCCUCCUGGGCUAUGCCUUCUACCUCCGUACAAUGGAGUUGGUCGCACUCAAGACCACUGAUGUGCACGUGGAUCGGCGUUCCGAUACCAUUAUUUUGACCUUGGCGAAGACCAAGACUGCACGCAAUCAUCAGCAGACGGUGGCGGAGCAACUCAUGCCUACGUCUGUUCUCGUCCUUGGCGGUUUGGUUCCCAUCCGCUUGGAGACCUUGCGCUUGGCCCGGAGCUUUGCGGGGAUCAGGGCCGCAGCUACCACGGCGGCUGAGGGUCUGAGACGAGGCAAUCGAGCGCCUUGCGCUGAUGCGGAAGAUCCGGUGUUGCAGGCUCUUCGUGGACUCCUCUCCGAGCUGCCGGCGGUGUCCAAGGAGGAGGGCUGCCAGGUGGCCUGUGCUUUGACCUUCGAAGCCUUUGACGAUCUGGCGAAGAGCACGGCCAGGGGGGUGUGGAGGGGAAAAGGCGCGUCUCGCGCGCAAGAAGCCGCAACUGGAAGGAACGUGGUGAUUCCCUUGGGUGGUGUUGGCAGCCGGUUCCAGACGGAGGGGUACUUGCAAAGACCCAAGCCCUUCAUCCCGGUACUGGGCAAACCCAUGAUCCGCUGGGUGGUGGACAACUUGUCGCUGGCAGCGGACGACGCCUUGGUGGUGAUCUACAAUCCCAAUUGGAUGAGCAUGGACAACUUCAUGCAGGAACAACUGGCAGAUCGAGAUCCCAGAAUCAGGUUGGUGAAACUUCCGGGCCCCACGCGCGGCGCGGCAGAGACAGUGCUGAUCGGCUUGAAGUCGCUGCCACCGGAGAUGCUGAAGCGACCCACCUUGCUGGCAGACGGUGAUACUUUCUACACUGCCGAUGUCGUCCAACGUUUCCGAGACGUAGCGAAGACCCACAAUGCGGUUUUUUGCUUCAAGGACACGCAACCCAAACCCAUGUACAGUUACAUCACCAUGGAUGCUGCAGACAACAUCAAGGAAGUGAAGGAGAAGAUCAAGAUCAGCGAUUGGGCCAACACAGGCUGCUAUUGCUUCAGAGACGGUCAAGAGUUGGAGAAGGAGUGUCAAGAGCUGAUCAAACGUGGCGAGACGCAGCUAAGUCAGGAUCAGAAGGGUGAAUUCUACACCUCCGGUGUCAUUGCUGCCAUGAUCAGCAAAGGCGCGCCCUUCCGCGGCCUCAAGUUGGAACGGCAGGACUUCCAUGUUCUGGGAACCCCUACCCAGGUUGCAGAGUGGUGUGCCAAGUGGCCGAAUCAGCCAAAGAUGCGAUUCGUCUUUGAUCUACACGGUACUCUGAUCACCGAGAACGGCAAGAGCAUUGAGCGGAAUCUACGCCUCUGCCGAGCCUUGAAGAAACAAGGCCAUCAUGUGGCCAUUUGGACGGAGCGGUCCGCGGAAGAGGGCGCGUCGGUCCUGGAGCUGCUGCAGAAGUUGGGGGUGGAGUACCAUGAGGUUCACUUUGGAAAGGUGGUGGCGGAUUUUUACAUCGACGAUCGAGGUGUGGAUCCGCUUCUGGGCGAACUGGAUAAGCAGAUUGGAUUCUACCCCUCUGAUGUGAAAGUUCAAGAGGCCAGCAGCGAUGUGGCCACAGCCCGGCUGCGAGUGGGAAUGGCCGUGGCAUCUCCAAGGCCUUCCAAGGAAACGUUGAUGGGCUUGGCUGUGGGGCUUACCUUGGGAGUGCUGCUGGGAUACAGCGUGGCGAGACGCUCGUGA